CACGCUGCGUUAUUGGCUCGUAAUUUGCGCAGACCUGUUGCAUGACAGGCCGGACUGCCUUAGUCGAUUUGAAUCGUGGAGUGAAUAAGACGUCGAAAUGGCUAGUGGAAGGAUCGUUGUUUACGGCGGACGAGGCGCUUUAGGCGCAGCCUGCGUCAGUCAUUUCAAGAAAGCUAACUUCUGGGUUGCUAGCGUAGAUCUCAAUCCGAACGAGAGCGCCGAUGUCAACAUCACCGUCCCCAAAGACGCUUCGUGGGUCCAACAAGAGGAACACGUAGUUAACGAACUUGGAGCAGCGCUACAAGGUCAAAAAGUGAAUGCAGUGAUUUGCGUUGCCGGUGGCUGGGCUGGAGGUAAUGCGUCCAAGGAUCUUAGCAAACAGACCGACCUUAUGUGGCGGCAGUCGGUAUGGAGUUCGACUAUUGCUGCGACUGUUGCAUCAAAGUACCUCAGCCCUGGUGGACUUCUUGCGCUAACCGGAGCUAAAGCUGCCCUAGAAGGUACCCCAGGAAUGAUCGGUUACGGUUUGGCGAAAGCAGCAGUUCACCAACUCACCAAAUCCUUAGGUGCCAAAGAUUCAGGUUUGCCAGAAAAUUCCCUAGCCGUAGCCAUAUUGCCUGUCACUUUGGACACAGAAAUGAACAGGAAAUGGAUGCCUAAAGCUGACUUUAGCUCGUGGACACCCUUAACUUUCGUUGCUCAGUUAUUUGAUAAAUGGCUGAAGGGAGAGGAACGACCUCCGAGCGGCAGCCUUGUUGCUCUCGUUACCAAGAACAAUGUUACUGAUUUAAUUGUUCAAUAAUUUUCAAAAAAAAAAAUAAGUACUUGUAACAAUAUUGCUAUUGAUGUUGUACUGUUGUCUUUAGUUUAAGUUAUUAUUUUUCUUGUCUUUAUGUAAUAAGAAUAGAUGUAUUAAGUUAACGGGAACAAUCUCAAAAUAUCACAUUUAGAAAAAAAGUUGAAAAGACAUUAUAUUAAACAUAUAAACUCGAUGUGAUAUACAAAAUAAAAGCUUUUAUUUACUGUUA